UUGCAGUCCAGCUCUGCGCCUUAGUGGGGAUUCCACAGCAAGGGUGACCAUGAACCCUGAGAGUGGCCAGGGCCACGGAGCGAGGGCUCCAUUGCUCCAGGCGGCCAGGGACCUGAAGGCCAACCUGAGGGAUGCAGCCACCAGGUCCUGGAGGAGCCUGGCCAGGAUGCCGAAGCCCGAGGUGCAGGACCCAGAGGCAGCAGCUGCAGGACAUGAAGGCUAUGAACCGCACAGCCCUGCACUUUGCCGUGGGGAGGAAUAAUUUAUCUGCAGUGGAUUUCUUACUGAGUCACAAAGCCAGGGUGGAUGUUGCUGACAAGCAUGGCUUGACAGUAAUUCACCUUGCAGCCUGGUCUGGAAGCUUCGAGAUCAUGCUCAUGCUAGUGAAAGCGGGGGCAGACCAGAGAGCCAAGAGCCAGGAAGGAAUGAACGCUCUCCACUUGGCAGCUCAGAACAAUAACCUGCACAUUGUGGAUUACCUCAUUCAAGACUUGCAUCUGCAGGACCUGAACCAGCCCAAUGAGAGAGGAAGAAAACCAUUCCUUUUGGCAGCCGAGAGGGGCCACGUUGAAAUGAUUGAAAAGCUUAUCUUCCUUAAUCUCCAUACUUCAGAAAAAGACAAGGACGGGAACACAGCCUUGCACCUGGCUGCGAUGCAUGGCCAUAGUCCAGCGGUGCAAGCGCUGCUAACUCAGUGGUCGGAAGUAAACGAGUGCAAUGAGAAUGGAGAAACCCCAUUCAUGUUGGCUGUCAUGGGAGGUCAUGAAGAAUGCAGUCAAGUGCUCCUGGCGGGAGGAAGUGAUGUCAACAUUCCAAACAAACUCAAUGUCAGCGCCCUGCAGACAGCGACCCGGAACGGCCACACAGCCCUUGUCAACUUUCUUCUCAGAGAGAAUGCUGAUUCGCAGCAGCAGAAGGAACCUAAGGAGUCCCCUCUUCACUUAGCAGUUAUCAACAACCGCCCCACAGUUGUGAACAGCUUACUAAGUGCUCGGCAUGAUGUUGAUAUCUUAAAUCAGAGACAGCAGACCCCUCUGCACGUUGCUGCUGAUCUUGGAAAUGUGGAGCUGGUGGAGACACUGCUGAAGGCUGGCUGCAACCUGAAAAUCACUGACAAGCAAGGAAAGACUGCCCUGGCUGUGGCUGCCAGGAGCCACCACAGCCUCAUUGUGGAUAUGCUCAUCAAAGCUGAGAGGUACUACGCCUGGAGAGAGGAGCACCACGAGAGCAUCCAGGACUCAGCAGUGAGCUCUACACUGACAUUCAAGCAGGACCAUAGUCUGGAGACCAGGCACAUCCGCAUGCUGCUCUGGAACCUGGCCUAUCGGCAGCUGAAGAAGAAGGACUGGCAGAGGCUGGCCCGCUCGUGGAGCUUUACAGAGGACCAGAUCAGAGCCAUUGAAGAACAGUGGUCAGGUAAUGACAGCUUUCAUGAGCAUGGCUACAGGGCUCUGCUCAUCUGGCUGCAUGGGGCUCUGAUGACCCAGUCUGACCCUGCCAAGCAGCUGUAUGAGGAGCUGGUGUGUGCAGGAUUCCCAGAACUAGCUGAAAAGAUUCGUCAGUUUAAAAGUAAAACUGACUCACACUCCAAGAAAUGUGCAGUGUCCUAAGCUUCCCUCUCCUCCUUCAGUGUUGGUUCCUGAUGGCCGCAGCCAUACUGCAGCUGACUGAUUUUCCAGUACAGACACAACAUCCCUCCAGGGAUGAAGUUGAACACAUCAUCUCCCCACUGCUCAAGGGCACACAGGCAAACUGUGUGUGACUUCCCCAUUUGUCACUUGGUGCACACAUGAACACCCUAGCUGGAAGGGCUCUGUCCCUGCUUAAACACUGAAGUGACAGCGGGAUCAGCGCGGUGGCUCAUGGGAAGCAAGGGCUAGGAGAUGCUGCUCUGAUAUUGGAUUCUUGGAUGUGGACGUGUAAAUAUCACUGAAGUGCUUAUAAUUAGCUUCCUUUCUGAUAGACAGGAUGUUUUCUCCACAGACAGCAGUGUGGAUGAGGGGAACACUUAUGAGUGCCUGAUCUCAAGCCAUGGUAUGUAAGCCAUGAACUCUCAUCGCUGCAGAGAAAGUUCGUUUAGAAAUUCAGUCACUGCUGGCUUUAUAUCACAAGUAUAAUCUAUUAUUCAGAAAACAACAAACAAACAAACAAAAAACCCAAAACCCAAACCAAACCAAAAAACCCCAGACACACAGCAGUGAUUCUUCAACCCUUCAUACUCUAAAUGUGGGUAAUUUUAAUUCUUUGUUCUCUCUGGUACAGUCUAUUUUGUUCAGAACAAACAAGCAUUACCUUUUGUAAUCUGAGAAAGUUAUGACAUGUACCAGUUGUACGUUGUAUCAUUGUAAGCCUGCCUGGAGCUCAAUUCUGAUUCCUGGUCUGGAAAAGCUGGUAAGAAAAUCAAGGGCAAUUUAGUUAUUUUAUCAUGAAUUUAUAGUUUCCAGUUUUUCUUACAUUGAUUGUAAAUGGCCCACUUAAUGCUAGGAAUGUUUAAAACAGGCAAUAUAGUCACAAGAUCCAGAAUUUUAAAAAAGUAUUCAAUAAAAAGUUUCACCUCAGUCUGUUCUUCAGUUUGGCCAGUUCCCACUGACCAUGGCAGCAUUCCGACUCCAACAUAACCUCCGUAUGUAAAAUAAAUACAAACGGAUACUCUAUUAUAUAGAGUGUUUCAUCAUCCAACUUCAUAUCAUUUAACUCAGGCCACCGGGAAUUAUUUCGUGAUUUGGACGACACGGCACUUUUAGUAACAUGAUGCCUGCAACAGUCCCCAGUUACAUCAACUUGCUUUAGGAUGUCCAUAUGACCUAGCUUGCAUACUAAAUCUAGGUCUGAGCCUAAGACCAAGGUUUUUGUAGAAAAUAGGUAUGAUGCCAAGGAGAAGCAAGGUGCGGAUGUUCCACCUGGGUCACCUUGGCUCUCUGCUCCUAGGGACGUCUGUUCUGAGAUGGGAUGGAUUAAUGCAUCACAGGACAGUACAUGGGGAGAGGGGUAGGAAGAUGGACUGGUGCAUUUGUUACUGUGUGUUAUAAGGUUUAAGUAUGUGUGAGUGCUCUGCCUGCAUAUAUGUAUGUACACACGCAGGCCUGGAACCUGCAGACACCAGAAGAGGGUGCUGAGUUUUCUAUAACUAGAGUUACAGAUUGUUUAAAAUUGCCAAGUGGGUGCUGGGAACUGAACUAGGGUCCGUUGCAGAACAGCAAGUGCUUAGUAGUUCUGAGUUAUCUUUGGAGCUCUACAUAGUAGGGCUUUGAUUUUGGAUCACAUGAGUGAUCUCUUAGGGGAGCCUACCAUUCUUUUUUUUUUUUUUAAUUAUAUAUUUAUUAUUU